AUGCCACCCUCGAGCCCUCCAGGGAAGCGAAAUGCCACAGAUGUCCCUAUUUCUCCGCCGCCACUUAAACGCACGUUGCAGAGCGGCACCACAAAGACCGCCGUCGCCAAUUUCUUCACGCCGACAUCGCAGAAGCCAAAAGACCGCACAGCAUGGUCCCAGAGGGCCCCGAACGACGCCGCCCCGGCCACCCUGCUCGUUGGCCGCUAUCUACCCGAUGUGCAUGAUGAAAACGGCUCGGUGCGCCGCAAGAUAGCCGCAUUCGACCUCGACUCAACCCUGAUCGCCACGUCGUCGGGCAAAAAACAUGCAGGCAACGCGACCGACUGGAAAUGGUGGGAUAGCUGCGUGCCCGGCAGACUUCGCGAGCUGCACCAAGCCCAAGGCUAUCAAAUUGUCAUUCUUUCCAACCAGGGUGGGUUGAUGCUUCACUUUGAACCCGGCUACAAGGGCCCCAAGGCGUCUGCGCAAAAGCGUGUCAACGAAUUCAAGCAAAAAUGCAGCGCUGUUCUCAGCAGCCUGGAUCUGCCGACAAGCGUAUACGCAGCUACGGGGAGGGACAUGUACAGGAAACCAAGACCAGGGAUGUGGAGGGCGGUGUGCGACGACUACGGCCUGGCAGAAGACGAGGUAGACCUGGCAAACAGCUUCUUCGUCGGCGACGCUGGCGGCCGAAUCGCGGGCCUCGGCACUGGGGGCGGCAACGUCAAGGCUAUUGCCAAAGACUUUAGUUGCUCGGACAGGAACUUUGCCCACAACGUCGGAAUCGCCUACAAAACGCCCGAGGAGUUUUUCCUGGGGCAAAAGCCCAGGGACUUUCAUCGAGAUUUUGACCUGGCUAGUCAUCCAUUCGAGGAGGCAUCACUGGGAGCAUCGGGUCUGUUCGAGAAGAAGAAUAAGCAAGACAUCGUCUUGUACUGCGGUCCUCCUGGAGCCGGAAAGAGCACGUUUUACUGGAGGCAUCUCAAGCCGCUGGGCUAUGAAAGGGUCAACCAAGACACGCUCAAAUCUCGGGACAAGUGUGUCCAGGCAGCCAGGGAACUGAUGGCCGGGGGCAGCUCAAUAGUCGUUGAUAAUACGAACCCCGACCCCGACGUGCGAGCGGUGUGGGUGGACCUGGCCAAGAAGGCCAAGCUGCCAAUCCGAUGCCUGUGGUUCAGGACGCCGCUGCACCUCUGCGAGCACAACGACGCUGUCCGGGCACACAACAAGGUGCUGAACCCGGAGGCGAGGCAAGGGCUGCCGAAGCUGGCGUUUACGGGCUUCGCAUCACGCUUCAAGGAGCCCAAGGUGCAGGAAGGCUUUCAAGAUGUCACCGAGAUUCACUUCAAGUUUCGGGGUACACGUGAAGAGUUUGACACAUGGGGACGAUAUUGGACGUGA